CCUGGUGUUACAUACUGUUGCUUUCGCUUCCGCCGUAUCGUCCUCGUCAUGCAUUUUCUUUCCUUACAGUUGUGUCAGGUCCAAUCCUCUGGUGAUGUCGUUGUUUCGGUUUCGAUAAUAGAGACUCACAACGGGAAAAUUGGUUGAUUAUCGUAUGCAUAAACUUCCUUAUGUUUCCGUUUCUGCUACCCCCUCCCUUGUGCGUGGUUUAACGAAGGGUCACCAGAUCCGGCUCAGGAAUUUCCGUUAACGUCCCGUUUACGUCUCCGACCAGAUAAUGGAUCCACGGUCCUUCCGUCUGCUGCCGCGCGUCGUCAAUUCCAACCAGACAGCAAACGGCUCGGCAGGACCGUCUCCUAGUCCUAACGCCGUCAAUUUCAACCAGACAGCCGGUGAGCCGUCAGAACCGCCGGCUAACGCCGUCAAUUCUAACCAGGCAACCGACGAAUCGUCUGAAGCGCCACCCGUGGCGGUCGGGUAUCCCGCAGUAUACUGUCGGCCUGCUACGCCAAGCUUCAACCCCCAUGCUCAGGAGACACAGGGGGCGCAUAUCCAAAGGUCGCAAUCGCAGGGAACUCAUAUCCAACGGUCGCAAUCACAGGGCGCGCAGAUGCAGAGAUCAAGCGCUACUAUCCCACCAGGAUCCGGCCCUUCUCAGUCGGUGCCUCCCCAGGCGUUAACUCAACAGUCAUUACUUCCAAAGCCGGUACCUGCAAAGUCGUUACUGCCUAAGCCGUUACCUCCGCAGUCGUUCCCGCCUCAAUCUUUCCCCCCUCAAUCCUUUCCUCCCCAACCUUUUCCUCCUCAGUAUUCUCAUCCCCAAUCAUUUCAUCCUCCAUAUUAUCCGCCUCAAUAUAUUCAGCCUCAGUUUCUUCCCCCUCAAUCCUUUCCUCCCCAGUAUUACCCUCAACAGUCACUUCCUCAUCCAGCCCACUUCUCCCCAACUCCCGUAUCAGCUACAAUAGCUUUUAACCACUCUGCACCGCAUCCGUAUCAAUCCGCCGUCAUGUCACACUUCCCGAACCAAACUCCGAGCCACCCGUAUGGUCUGCAUGCCGAACCUGGUGAACAGCCUCGGGCAUCUGCUCUUGCUCAGCGAAAUUCUUCGUCCCCUGCUCCUAUACUUCCCAACCCCCCUGCUCCUCCGGUCACCUCUUAUCCUCACCCCUCGCCUCAGUCACCUUGGCAAAAUCCGGAUAACUCAUCUGGUUACCAGUUUAAUUUGCAACCUCCUGCGGAUGUUACGCCACAUUCUUUUGCUGGCUCCAGCCUGCAGCCAAUAAAAUCCUCGUCUUCAGGAGCCGCCAUAAGAACAGCACGAGCAGCAGCAGCAGCAGCAGCAGCAUCAGCAGCCGUGGUAUCACCACAUGGUAUACAUGCUGCCGUCGCUGCUGGGCAUGGAAGUGCUCCCGUGUCUCAUUCGCCUGCCACUGCUGCCGUUUCUCAUGCCGCGCCAAGCGCUGCUGCCGUUUCCUAUGCUUCUGGCAUGGCUUCUGGUCCUUAUGCUCCUCCUCCUCCUUCUGCUGCUGCUGCUGCUGACGGCGGUUCCUCGCACGCAGCUUCCCUGUGUCUCGAGGCAUGGCGGGAGCAUGCGCACGAGAGAGGCGAGUAUGCACAUCAGAGGGGUGACUUUGCACAGCAGAGAAGCGAGCAUGCGAAUUCGAGUGGGGAAAAUGGAUACUUUGGGAACGCACCUGGGACGUAUCCUGAGGCGGUUCAUAACGCGUAUCAGUUCCAGCAGAGGAGCAUAGCCGGACGUGCGUUGGAGGCCUCCCCUGGGUCGGUUUCCCGCAGCCACCCUGCUCCGAACUUACCUCGGCCGGUUCUGGCUUGGUCCGGACGAGAUUUGGAUUGGGACGGCGGUUUGGAUCGGCAGGGCGAGCCGAGGGCUCGGAUUGUGCAGGCUUGGGAUUGGGACGACGUGGAAGCGCGGGGGGCAAAGGCGGGGGAGAGAGAGAGGGAGAUUGAGGCUUGGAGGGAGGGGCUGUGGCGUGGUGACGAUGGGGAUACGCCUGCUGUGAGAAGAAGAGGGCGUGGAUUCAAAACGGGUGGUGGGAGGGGGGGGAGAGGCGCGGAAGAGGGGAGAAGAGGAGAGGAAAGAGGAGAGGAAAGAGUAGGAGAGGAAAGAGGAGGAGGGUUUGGGGAGGAGGGAGGAAGAAGUGACCGAGGAAGAGGAAGAGAGGAAGGACAGGGAGGAGAGGGAGAGGAAAUGCAGGGGGGAGUGUGUGCGAGAACAGCUGCAGUGGGAUGCAGGGGGUUCGCUGCAGCGUCAGCAGCAGCGGAUGCGGCAGCAGUAGCUGGCCCAGCAACGGCAGCAGCAGCAGGAGUGGCAGCGUCAGCAGCAGCAGGAGCGGCGGCUGCUGCAGCAGCAGAAGCAGCGAUCGAGGCUGCAACAGCAAGCAUAGCCGAAGGAGCAGCAGUGGGAGAGAAGAAAAAGAAGAGCCGUGGUAAAAGAGGUGGUGCCUCUAGGCGACAGCAGGCUGUGAAGGCUGAACCGGAAGAGGGGGAGAGUGUUGCUCGUUUGCCUGGCAACUUGUUACCACCUGGUAACAUGUCGUCUGAUAACGGUCGGCCUGGUAACAAUUCGCAUGAAGCGGUAGGGUUUGCUGACAGGGCUGUUGCAGCAAACGGUUUCGGAGGCAGUUUCGGGGGAAGGAGAGUUGUGAGCUAUGGGGAUAUCGAGCCAGAAGCAGGGGAGGAGGCGCCUGGCGUGGCUCGUAACGGUUGGCCUGGUAACAGUUCGCCUGGUAACAGCUGGCGUGCCAACAUUUCGCCUGGUAACGUCUUGGCUGAGCUGGUCCGCUUCCCUGGCAGGCCUGCUGCGGGUAACAACUUCCAGGGAAGGCGAGUCGUGAGCUAUGGUGACGUGGGACCAGAGGAAAGGGAGGAGGCUGGUCUGCCACGUAACAGUCUGCCCAAUAACACUCCGCCCUGGAACAGUUGGCCUGGUAACAGUUCGCCUGGCAACGUCUCGGCUGAACCGGGUCGCUUCCCUUGCAGGGCUGCUGCAGGUAACGGCUUUCAGGGAGGGAGAGUUGUGAGUUAUGGGGAUGUUGGACCAGCGGGAAGGGAGGAGUCUUCUGGCUUGCCUGGUAACAUGUUUCCUGGUGCCAUUUCGCCUGGUAACAGUUUGCCUGGUAACGUGCUUCUUGGUGCCAUUUCGCCUGGUAACAGUUUGCCUGGUAACCUUUUUCCUGGCAUCGCGUUGUCUGGAGCGGUGCAGGAUUUUGGUAGGGCUGCUGGGGAACAGGGCUUGCAGGGACGGGUAUGGGCAGCUGCGACGAGAGAUGAUCGGGAUCCAAUAAUGGGCGGGGGAAGCAGGAUCAAUGCAUUCUUGGGUCCGUCUUCAAUGAACAGUAUGCCCCCUCCGUCUCAUGGUGCUACCCGCGCUGUUGCUGCCGCUUCUGCUGUUGCUGCUGCUGCUGGCGCUGCUGCUGGCGCUGCUGCUGCUGUUGAUGCUGCUGGCAACGCGGUUGGUGCCACAGCUGGUGGCAGCAGGGCACAUGCCGCCGCGCCAUCACAGGCAGGCAUUCCUCUUUCUGCCAGUAUCUCUGGUUUUGAGGCGCCUCAUGUACCAUCACAUGCUGCCAGCGUUCCAACAGCUGCUCUCGCAGACCCUGCACCCCCACGUCGCCCCACGACCAGUCUCUCCGCCCUGCUCCGGAGACUGCUGGGAGAUGAAGCGGCUUCUAAAGGGGAUGAAGCGGCUCCAAAGUCGACUCAGCAGUCAGUGGGAGAUAAAGAUGCGUCUGAGUUGACCCGCAAGUCAGUGGCAGGUGAAUCAGCAGUGGCAAGGGCUCAUCUGUCAGGGGCGAAUGUAGCUGCGGCGGAUUCGGCGCACAAGUUAGUGGCAGGUGGAGUGGCUUUUAAGUCAGCUCAGAAGUCGCCGGGAGAUAAAGAGGUGGUGGAAUUGGAGGAGGGGGAGGUUGAGGAGGAGGAGGGGGAGGUGGGGGAAGAGCUGGGUGAGGAGAUUUGGAGGCGAGUGGAGGAGGAGAACGAGGCGAGGGGGAGAGGGGAGGAGGGUGGGGAGGUGAGGGGGAGAGGGGAGGAGGGUGGGGAAGUGAGAAGGGAGGAGAUUGCGAAUGUGGAGGAUGUGGUCAAGAAAAGUAGGGAGGCAGGGGAGGGAGCGAAUGUGGCUCUUGAGCUGAACAGGAGAAGUGAGGGUGAGGGAAUAACAGGACGGGAGGCGGCGGAUAAGGGAAGAAGGCAGUUGCAAGAGGAGAGGAGAGAAAAGGGUAAGGCGCAAGACGAGGAGAGGGCCCGUGCUGGAGUGGGCCAAGGUCGCCCUGGCGAGGAGAGACCGAAUCAGGCUGGUGAGGAGACGCCUCUUGGGGAUAGGCCGAAGCAGAAGCAAGCUGGAGAGGAGACGCGAGAGGAGAAGAGAUCAAGUGAUAAAGGCCAAGGCGAGGAGAGGGCAAGUGGCCGAUUGGCAGCAGCAGGGGCUGGCAGGGCGACGCAAGCUCAGGCUGCUGAGAAGGCGCUUCUUGGGAAGCAGGCGCAAGACGGGAAGCAUGGGCCACGUGUGCAGCAGGAGCCACGUGGAGCAGGCUCUACUAUGCAGGUUGGCGGCAGCAGAGGGGACAGAGCAGGGAGGAGCGGCAAUGGAAGGGGAAGCGGAGGAGGGGAUAGCAGGGGCAGCAGCAGCAGUAGAAGAAGGAGCAGCAGCAGACAUGGUAGCAGGAGCAGAAGCAGGAGCAGAGGCAGAAGCAGAAGCAGAAGCAGCAGCAGGAGCAGAAGGAUAAGUAGUAGCCAGAGAAGGAGCAGCAGCCAAUCAAGCGACGGCCACCGAAGAAGCACGAGCAGGGGCGAGAGAGGCAAGAGUGUGAGGAGUGGGGAGAAAAGCGACGGAGACAGCCGAAGUAGUAGCAGCAGCCGCAGCAGCAGGAGCUUGUACAGCAGCAGAAGCAGCAGCAGGAGCAGCAGCAGAGGCAGAAACGACAGCAGAAGCAGCAGUAAAAGCAGCCGAAGCAAAAACAGGAGCAGAAGCCGUGAUAGGAGUAGAAGUGAAGAUAGGAGUAGAAGCAGUGAAAGAAGUAGAAGUAUAAAUAGAAGAAGUAUAAAUAGGACCACAGACAAUGGUAGAAGCCGGAACAACGACAAUAGCAGAAGCAAAGACAGGAGCAGAAGCAAAGACAGGAGCAGAAGCAAAGACAGGGGCAGAAGCAAAGACAGGAGCAGAAGCAAAGACAGGGGCAGAAGCAAAGACAGGAGCAGAAGUCAAGACAGGAGCAGAAGUAAAGACAGGAGCAGAAGCAGUGACAAGAGCAGAAGCAGUGAGAGGAGGAGAAGCAAGAGUGGAGGCAAGAGUAGAAGCGAGAGUAGCAGCAGCGGUACACACAGCAGGGGGAACAGGAGUAGCAGCCAAGGGGGAAGAGACAGGAACGUUAGGAAGAGUGAUGUUAGCAGAAGCGAUGCCAAGAGCGGAAGUAAGAGUAGAAGCGAGAGAGGGAGCAAGAGUGGGAGCGAGAGUAGGAGGGAGAGUGGAAGCGGGAGAGGGAACGAGAGUGGGAGCGAGAGUAGCAGCAGCCAAACACACAGGAGGGGGAGCAGGAGUAUCAGCCAAGGGGAAAGAGGUAGAAACGUUAGGAAGAGUGAUGUCAGCAGAAGCGAUGCCAAGACCAGAAGUACGAGCCGUAGAGAGAGGGGGAGCGAGAGAGGGAGCGAGAGUGGGAGGGAGAGUAGGAGCGGGAGUAGGAGCGAGAGUAGGAGCGAGAGUAGUAGCAGCGGGACACACAGCAGGGGGAACAGGAAUAGCAGCCAAGGGGGAAGGGGUAGGAGCGUUAGGAGGAGUGGUGCCAGAGGAAGAAGAAGCAGGAGCAAGGAGAAAGCUAGUACCAGCCAGAUGGGCAAGAAAAAUAGUACUGGCGACAGCAGUAGAAGCAGUAGCAGUAGCAGCAGGAGCAGGAGGAGGAAGAGCAGUAGAAGCAGCAGUAGUGAGAGCAGGGGUAAGGGUGCGGCUGCUAUAAGUAGCAGGCACAGAAGCAGCAGCAGAAGUAGGAGCACGAGCAGGAGUAGCAGGGGCAGCAGGGGCAGCAGGGGCAGCAGGGGCAGCAGGGGCAGGAAUAGGACAAGCGGGGGCAAGAAUACAGGGAGCAGCAGCAGGAGCAGCAGCAGAAGCAGCAGCAUGGGCGGCAGCAGGAGCAAGAAGGAGCUUACUCUGAGAAGGGGAGAAGCAUUGGAGCUUCCACUUGUCGAGUCGUAUGGCAAGGCUGGACUGGGAGGGGCUUCAGGGGAGGAGAGGGAGGUGGGGAGCAGCAGGAGGGAGGAAAAGGGAGCGAGAAUUCAAGGUGCUGAGGGGAAGGGAAGUGACAAGGCGACUGCUGAAGCUGUUUCUCUGGUGUGUCCUGCUGCUGCUGCCGGUGCCGGUGCCGGUGCCGGUGCCGGUGCCGGUGCUGGUGCUGGUGCUGGUGCUGGUGCUGGUGUUGGUGCUGAUGCUGCUGUUGCUGCUGAUGGUGGUGCUGCUGGUGCUGUUGGUGCUGCUGCUGGUGCUGGUGCUGCUGGUGCUGGUGCUGCUGGUGCUGGUGCUGCUGGUGCUGGCGCUGCUGCUGAUGGUGCUGCUGCUGAUGGUGCUGCUGCUGAUGGUGCAGCUGCUUCGUGCGUUCCUGCUCCCGCCGAUGUUGCUCCGUCUGCUGCCACUUCAGAGCAUCAAUUCGCUACAGGGAUCGCUAACCUGGCUGCCAGGGGCACAGUGGUUGCUGCCACGGGCACAGUGGUUGCUGCCACGGACACACUGGUUGCUAACCCUGCGACCACUGGCGCAGAUGCUUAUGCGUCUCCUGCCUCUACUGCCAAGCAUGCCCCUGGUGCUCCCAGUAUUCAGCCUCAUUCUGACACUUUCGUAGCGCCAGAGUCUUCGCUACAGCCAGAGACUGUGCAGGCUGAAAGGCAAUUGCAGCCCGACAAUCUGCUACAGCCAGAGAGUCUGCCACACCCUGCUUCUUUUGAACCCGUAGAGUCCACAGCUCCCCUGAAGCCAUCAGCUCAGCAGAAGAAGCCUGUCGCCUUUAAGCUCACCUCUUUCAAGAAGGCGGCUGGGCUUUCGAAAGGGCUCGAGGGGUUGUUUGACGUGCGCAAACCGCCUCAACCGUCCAAGCCACAACCUGCUGCUGCUGCUGCUGCUGCAGCUGCUGCUAUUGCCGUGGGCGGUGGUGCUGGUGCUGCUGGUAUUGCUGGUGGUGCUGGUGAUGCCAUUGGUGCUGGUGCUAGUGGUGGUGGUGCUGCUGGUGAUGGUGCUGGGGAUGGUGCUGCUGGUGAUGCCACGGGUGGGGCUAAACGAAGAUCCAGGUGGUCCUCUAUCCCCCCUGCUGCCGCUGCUGUGCCUGCCGCCGCUACUGCUGCUGCGAUUGCUGCUGCUGCUUCCGUGACCCCUCCUGCAACCGCUGCUCCUGCUGCCGCCGCUGCCACUGCUGCUGCUGCUGCUGCUACUGUUCCUGAUGCCUUGGGUGCUGCUGCACAGAACAUCGCAAUGGCUCCUGCACUCGACACUUCACCCACAGCUGCGCCCGAGCUAGCACCUGCUGCAGUUGCACCUGUUCCCAUGCAUGAAUCACACCUGGCGUUUGUUCCCCCCUCUGUCAUCCGGAGAACUCAAGGCAAGAGUGCAGAGGUCAAGGGGACCCUGCAAGGGACUAAGCAAGUCACUCAGCAAGGAGCCAAGCAGGUCCAUCCAGCAGCAGACGCUAGCCAGGGCGACGCUGGAGUGGUUGAGGGGGCCAAGCAAAGGACGGCAGCAGCAGAUGUUAGAAGGGGCGAAACUGGAUUGGUUGAGGGGGUCAAGCAAAGGAAGGCAGCAGCAGAUGUUAGCGGGGGCGAAACUGGAUUGGUUGAGGGGGUCAAGCAAGGGACGGCAGCAGCAGACGCUAGCCAGGGCGCCACUGGAGUGGUUGAGGGGGCCGAGCAAGGGACAGCAGCAGCAGAUGUUAGCCGGGGCGAAACUGGAUUGGUUACGGGAGCCACGCAAGGGACAGCAGCAGCACACGCUAACCAGGGAGUUACUGCUGGGGCUGAUGGGACCAACCAAGGGGUGGCAGCAGCAGGUACGGAUCUGGGUGAGACUCGUGUGGUUAAGGGAGUCAAGCAAGGGGCGGCAGCAGUAGAUGCGGAUCAGGGUGGAAUCGGAUUGGUUGAGGGGCCUAACCAUGGGACGGCAGCAGCAGUUACGAGUCAGCACAUAUCUGUAGCAGCAGAGGCGAGUCAACACGGAUCUGUAGCAACAGAGGUGAGUCAACAGAAGUCAGCAAUGGUCAAUGCAGGAGAGGGGAGUCGACACAAGACUAUAACGUUCAGGGGGACUCGACUCAAGAUCGUGGCACCAAAGGAAACUGCAGGGGGAAAAGCAUUGGACGGUGGCGAUAAGGGUGGUGGUGAUGGUGGCAAAAGAAUUCGUGGGGUUGGGGGGGGCAAUAAGAGGGGGGGUGAUGAGGAUUUCGGGUUUGGUGGGAGGCAAGACUUCGAAUCUGGUGGCAGUAUGAAGGCUAAAGUUGGUGGGAAGAAGAUGGGUGGUGGUGAUAGUAGAGAGAGGAUCAUGGCUGGGAACAAGAGAGAUGGUGGUGACAGUAUAGAGAGGGUCAUUGUUGGUAGCAAGAAGGUGGGAGGUGACAGUAUCGAGAGGGUCAUGCACCAAGCGCGGCUGCACGUGAGGCCACGGUCUACCAGAGUCACACGCAGACUGGCUCUUUCACAGUCCCCAGAGGGAGGCUUCCAGGAGCAGCAGCAGGAGCAGCAGGAGCAGGAGGAGCAGGAGGAGCAGGAGGGGCAGGGGCAGGGGCAGCAGGAGCAGCAGGAGCGGGAGGGGGAGCAGGAGCAGAUGCAGGAGCAGCGGUUCUUGGGGAAUCAGGGCAGUGAAUCACCACAGACAUUCCAUUCGUUUGAGUCUCACCUGCUAGAGUCACAGCCGUUAGAGUCGCAAGUUGACGCAGGUGCUUUUAGUGGCUCGCCAGCCCCGUCCCUGCUCCAAGUGCUGGCCGUUGCUGCUGCCGCGAGCCAAAGGGCUGAUGGGGGAAGUGGCAGGGGCAGUGGCAGUAGGCGGAUGGGGGGGGGCAUGUGGGAGGGUGAGGCAGGAUUAGGUGAGGCAGGAACGGGUGAGGCAGAAAACAACGAGGCAGGAAUGAAUAAGGCACCACCAUUGGAGGACUCCUUUGAACCAGAGGUGCUGUCACAGGAGUCCCCCAUGCUGGCAUUGCUCUCCCUGGCGAGCCUAGCUCACACAGCCAGUAGUACCCCCUCCGGGCCUGCAUUCCCUUCCGGACCUACACCUCCUCCGAAGCUUGCUCCCAUUUCGGAAUCCGCACCUCCUGCCAAGCCUGCGCCUGAGCCUGGUCCUCAAUCCGCGCCCGAGCCUGGUCCUCGUCAGUCAUCUCCCGGACGUGUUGCAAGGCGCUCUUUGCUGUUUGCGGAGCCUCGGGGUGAGCAAGAGCAGCAGUCGGCUGAUCAGCAAGCCUUGCACUGCCAGCCAACCUCUGCCUCUGAGACGGAUUCGUCUUUUGCUGCUGAGAAGCACUCGGCUUCUGCUGCUGACAUGCAUUUAGCUUCAGCGCAUGCAGUUGGGGAGCAGCCGCCAGCUUUGGAAGCUGAGCCGCAGCAGUUCGCAAGGGGAGAUAGGGGCGCUUAUAUCUCGGAGGAGGACAGGGGCGCUGGAAGUACAGAGGAGGAGGAGGAAGAGGAGAGGCAGUUUGAAAACCCAUGGGAUAUAAUCCUGGACGUGCAUGCAUCAUCAGGGUCAGACUCCGACAUUGGGGAAGACGCAGAAAAGGGGCCUGGGGGAGUGGUGUCUGGGGUGUUGAAAGGCCUACCUGUGCUGCAGGGCGUGUUCAAGCUGUCGAAAGAAGAGAUUGCGUCUUUUGAGGCGACGCCGAAGAAAGAGGGGGGGGGUGAUGGGAUUGCUGGGAAAGGGGGUGCUGAUGCUGGUGCAGAUGGUGCCGGUGCUAGUGCUGAUGCUGAUGCUGGUGCUGAUGGUGCUGCUGCUGCUGCUGUUGCUGUUGCUGCUGCUGAUGCUGCUGCUGCUGCUGAUGCUGACGCUGAUCCUUGGAGCCUGGAUGUACUGCCAUGUGGAGCUGACGUGGCUGGACCAGCUGGCGUCGUUGCAGGUGUGCCUGACUUGGCGGAAAGUGGACUGGGAGGUCAAGGGAGCGAUUUCACUAGAGGUAGAAGCAAAGAGGGAAGUAGAGGAGUGAAUAUUGGACGGGGUGAUGCUGCUAGAGGAAGUUGGAGGGAUGGAGGGAUGGCAAGGGAAGCAGUGAAAGCAGGCGCCGCAAGGCGGGAAAGUUCUAGUGGCGAGAGUGCGAGUGAGGAGAUUUAUAUUGGGGAAAGCUCGAACGGUGAUGAUUCAAGCGAAGGAGGUUCCAGUAGUGGGGGGGAUUCCCCCAUCAGCAUCGCUAGUGACUCAACUGACACGUCUGCUGAAGCUGUUGCUGCUGCUGGUGAGGAAGGUUUAACUGGUGAUGAAGGUUUAACUGGUGAGGGUACAAGUGGUGGAGGUAGGAGUAAUGAAGAGUCACCCAUUAUCGUUGCAAGUGGUGCAGCUGUAGCAAGGGCUGAAUCUGUUGCUACCGGUGCUGAUGUGGAUUUGUUCACAUCGGAAAAGGGACAAGACAACAGCAGCAGCAAUGUUGUUGUGCCACCUGGCGUGCGCCCAUUGGUGCCCAAGGAACAGCCAAGUCUGUUGACGUACUCCAGGAAAAAGGCAGGGGUUGGUUCAACUGCAAGUCAAGAAGGGGUUGGUGCUGAUGCGAGAUUGGCAGGGGGAGAUGCAGGGGUGAGAACAGGAGGGGGCAGUGCACCUGCAGCAGCAAUUGGGACAGGCGCACCUGGGACAGGUGUAUCUGCAACAGUGGGGAAAACAGGUGUGCCUGCAGCAGCAGGAAUGGCAGGUGCAACAGCAGCUGCAGGUGUAGCCAGGGGAGGUGUAUCUGGUACAGGAGGGGCAGCAGGCGUACCUAGGGCAGGUGUAUCUGCCUCUGCAGCCCAGAUCGUUCGCAGUGCUGGUGGUGCUGGUGGUGCUGGUGGUGGUGGUGGUAGUGCUGCUGCUGCUGCUGCUGCUGCUGCUGCUGCUGCUGCAGGUACUCCUGCCUCUGCUACUGCUUCCCCGGCGGCAGGUGCAUUCAAGAUGCCUGCACUCCCUGCUGCUAGCAAAAGGUUCACAUAUACUGCUGCUACAGCCGGGAAGCUUACAUCUGUAGCCGCUACAGCUGGGAGAUCCACGACUGCUCCUGUAGCAGCCACAACUGGAAAGACUAUAUCUGUAAACACCAUUGCUGGGAAGUCCACGACUGUAGCGCCUGCGACAGCAGGGAAGGUCACUGUAGCGGCUGCUACAGCCGGGCAUACAGGCAUAUCCCUGGCUCGCCCUAAGCUGGUUGUUAGGCGGCUUGUGCCUGGCAAGGCCAGUAAAGGCGCUGCUGCUGCUGCUGGUGCUUCUGGUGCUGCAGUUGCUGCUGGUGCUGGUGCUGGUGGUGCUUCUGGUGCUGCGGCUGCUGCUAGUGCUGGUGCUGGUGCUGCUUCUGGUGCUGCGGCUGCUGCUGGUAAUUCUGCUUCUGCUGGUGCUGCGGCUGGUGCUGCUGGCGCGUCUAAGGCUGCUACUGCUAGUUCUGCCCCUGCAGACGAGAAUCCAUCGCCUCUCCCCUUGACUCCAGAGAAGGCGCCAUCUCUUCCCCCCUCAACCCCCCAAAAGGCCUCCCCCUUCACCACUGUGACCUCUUCGGCCUUUGUCUCCCGCCGCUCCACUGCCGCAUCCAUUGCUGCGUCUGUUGGUGCAGCGGCUUUUAACCGAAGGUUCGUGGCACAGCAGCUCUACACUCGCUCCUCCUCCGGCUUCUCGCUUCGGCGUUCAGGUGUGCGGGCUGCACGCGGGACAAACAGCUUGCAGUGGAGCAAGGAGAAGCAGGAGCAGGAGAAGAAAGCAAGAGAGGACGCCACUAAGGCAGCAGCAGAAGCGUCCAAGAGGCAGCGGCAGCGCGACGAGGCAGUGGAGAAAGCAAAGAAGGCGAUAGCAAGGAGCCAGGCGGAGCAACGGGCAAAGAGACGGGCGGAGAGAGAGAAAGUGCGGGCAGAGAGCACGAAGAUUAAAGCUGCCCGGAUAGCUGCCAGGGUGGCGGCUAAGAAAGCUGGUGCUGCUAUUCUUGCAGCGAGAAGGCAGCAGACCACGGUUUUUCAAGGGUCCUCUGUGUACCGCCUGGCAGCCAAGGGGCGCUCCCUUGUGCGCCUCAGCAUAGGCGGGUCAGCCAAGGACAAGUCGCCACGUGGCAAGGCACACCUGCCCGCUCCUCUCACGGCUGCUCUUGCUGCCAGCAGUUAUCGGCAUGUGGGCAGCCGAGGAAACAAGCUGGUGCGGGAUGCCAAGGCCGCCAUGCGAACUGCUGCAGGGGCUCGAGUCCGCUACAGCCUUCAAAACGCGCGCUACAGGCGGCAAAAGCAGCAGCAGCAGCUGUGCCAGUACUUCACGCGGCUGGGGCAGUGCAACAAGAAAGACUGCCGGUUUCUGCACGACCCGAGCAAAGUGGCGCUGUGUGUGCGGUUUAUAAGGGGGAUGGAGUGCGACGAAUCCAGAUGCAAGUUAACGCACAAGAUCAUUCCAGAGCGCAUGCCUGACUGCACUUUCUUUGCCAAGGGCACUUGCACCAACAAGCAUUGCUUGUAUCGCCAUGUGAAGCUACCAGCUGGUAUCCCCGUCUGCUCUGCCUUCCUUAAAGGUUACUGCGAGAAGGGGCUCGCAUGCACGCAGCAGCACACCUACGAGUGUCCCGAGUAUGCUUCUAAAGGGGAUUGCGCUUCUGGCAAUAGCUGCAGGCUGUGGCACCGUAGGAAGGCAGAAGAGGGGAGUGCGAAGGAGGGGUUGAGGAAGAGGAAGAAACGGUACUGGGAAGAGGAGGAGGACGAGGAGGAGGAGGAGGAGGAGGAGGAGUGGGGGGAGGAGGAGAGGGGAGGCAAGAAGAAAAGGGCAAGGCGGGAGAGGGAGGAGAGUGAGGGGAGUGAGGGGAGUGAGGAGGAGGGGACGGGGGAGAAACGAGGGAGCAGGAGGAAGAAGGACGGAAAGAAAAAGAAGGGCGGGAAGGGCAGAGGCAGGAACGUUCUGAAGUUCUUUGGAGGGGAUAGUGAGGAGGAGAGUGAGAAGGAGAGUGAGGAGGUGAAAGAAGGGGAAAGGGAGGAGGAGAGUGAGGGGGAGAGUGAGAAGGAAAAAGAAGUGGAAAGUGGGGAGAGUGAGGAGAGUGAGAAGGAGAGUGACGAGGAUUAUGAGGUGGAGAGUGAGGAGGAAGGGGAGGAUGGGAGCGAGGAGGAGAGAGAGGAGGGGAGUGAGGAGGAUAGAGAAGAGAGCGAGGAGGAAGAAGAGAAGAGGAAGGGUGGGAAGCGCAAAGGGAAGAAUAUUCUAAAGCUCUUUAAUGGGGAUAGUGAGGAGGAGGGUGGAGAGGAGAGAGAAGAGGAGGAUGAGGAGAGAGAGGAGGAGGAAAGGGAAGAAGAGGGCGAGGAGGAAGUAAAGAAAAGAAAGGUUGGGAAGCGCAGAGGGAAAGGUGUUCUGAAGCUCUUUAAUGGGGAUAGUGAGGAGGAGAGCGGGGAGGAGAGAGAAGAGAAGCAUGAGGAGGGGCAAGAGGAGAAUGAGGAGGAGAGAGAAGAGGAGAAUGGGGAGGAGAGAGAAAAGAAGAAUGGGGAGGAGCAAGAAGAGGCGGUUGAGGAGGAAGAAAAGAAGAGAAAGGGUGGUAAGCGCCGAGGGAAAAGUAUUCUGAAGUUAGUUAAGGGGGAUAGUGAGGAGGAGAGUGAAGAGGAGAGGGAAGAAGAGGAUGAGGAGGAAAGAGAAGCUAGUGUGGUGGACGGAGACAAGGAGAGUGUGGAGGAGAGAGGAGCGAGUGAGGUGGAGGGGAAGCAGGAGGAGUUGGUGGAGAGGAGGGGUGAGGAGAGUGAGGAGGAAAGGAAAGAGGAGACGGAUGGAGUGGAAGAGAAGGGAAGAGAGGGUAAAAAAACGAAGAAAGGAAAGAAGGCGCAGAGGAGAGGUGAUGAGAGCGAGGAGAACAGGUUGGAGGAAGAGGAAAGGGAGGCGGGAAGGGAGGAGGAAGUGGAAAGGAGGGAGGGUAGGGAGGAGGAGUCAGAAGAGGGAUGGAAGAUGGGAAGAAGAAGGCUUAAAGGGGCGAAGAAAGGAAAGAAGGUGCAGAGGAGAGGUGAGGAGAGCAAAGAAGAUGAUAGGGAGGAGGAGACAGGUGGGAAGAGAGGGAAGAAGAAACAAAGGAAUGACGGGUGGAAGAAAGGGAGAAAGGUGAAGAGGGGAGGAGAGCAGAGUGAGGAGGAGAGUGAGGAGGAAAGGGAAGAGGAAAGAGAGGAGGAUGUGCAGGAGGAGGAAGAGGAGGAGGAAAGGGAGGAGGAAGAGGAGGAGGAAGAGGAGGAGGAAAGGGAGGAGGAAAAGGAGGAGACUGGUGGAAAGGGGGGGACGAAGGGGAGAGGAUUUAUUGGGGCGACGACAGGAAAAAGGGUUAAGAGGAGAGGCGAGGAGAGUGAGGAGGAAAGGGAGAAGGAAAGGGAGGAGGGGAGGGAGGAUGAAAGGGAGGAGGAAAGGGAGGAGGGGACAGGAGAGGGAAGGAAGACGGGAAGAAGAGUUAAAGGGGCGAAGAAAGGGAGAAAAGUGAAGAGGGGUGAGGAGAUUGAGGAGGACAAGGGGGGGAGAACGGGGGAGGAGACGGGAGGAGAGGGAGGAAAGAAGGGACGGAAUAAAGAGAUGACGAGAGGAAAGAAGGUGAAGAGGAGUGAGGAGAGAGAGGAGAGAGAGGAGGAUAGGGAGGAGGAUAGGGAGGAGGAUAGGGAGGAGGAGACGUGGGGAGAGGGAGGGAAGAAGGGAAGAAGGAAUAAAAGGAUGAAGGAAGGAGAGAAGGUGACGAGGAGAGGUGAGGAGGGUGAGGAGGGUGAGGGGGAAAGGGAGGGGACGAAAGGUAGAGAGGAGAGGAAGAAAGGAAGUAGGGAUACUCGAGUGAAGAAUGGAAAGAAAGUCAAGAGUAGGGGAGAGGAGGAGGAAAGGGACGAAGGGACAGAGGUGGUGGGUAGCUUGGGGUUGGAAGAGAUACAAGAGCCACAAGAGAGCGACGAGAGGAGAACUGUGGAGAAGAGGGAAGAGAAGAAGAGAAAAAAGAAGAGGAAAGAGGAAAGGAGAAAGGCGGAGAAGAGAAAAGAGGAGGAGACACAAGAGGAAGGGGCCAAGGGAGACGAGCAAGAGGGGAUGGAGGAGAAUGGAGACAUGGAGGGGGAUACGGCGGAGAUAGCUUGUUGGGAAGUAACGUUGGCACCAAAGAGUGGGGGUAAGAAGACGAAGAAGAAGAAGGCUGCUGCGGCUGCUGCUGCUGCUGCUGCCGCUGCUGCUGCUGCUGCUGCCGCUGCUGCUGCCGCUGCUGCUGCUGCUGAGGCAGAAGCGCCACAGAAGAGCAAGGGUAAGAAAAAGAGGAAAAUGGUCGCUGAACCUGAAGUUCCAGAUUCUGCUGCUGCUGCUGCUGCUGCUGUUGGUGAUGCAGAAGCGGCCUUGACACCACGGAAGAGCAAGGGUAAGAAGAGGAGGAAAGUGGUCGCUGAACCUGAAAUUCCAGAUUCUCCUGCUGCUGCUGCUUCUCCAGGCCCCUCUGUUGUUGAACCGGCUCAAGCAUUAAAAAGCAAGGGUAAGAAGAAGAAGAAGACGACGUCUGCUGCUGAGAAUGAGUGUCCUGAUUCUGCUGCUUCUGUUGCCCUGAGCCGCUCAGAUGCAGAAGCAGCCUCGGCACAGAAGAGCAAGGGUAAGAAGAAGAAGAGGAAAGCCGCUGCUGCUGCUGAGUCCGAAAUCGCAAGUUCUUCUGCUGCGGUUGCGCCUGUCUCUGACGCUGACCUGCCUACCUCGGCUGCAUCAAAGAGCAAGGGUAAGAAAAGGAAGGAGGUACCUGUGGAGGCUGAGGUUCCGAGUGCUGCUGCUGUUGCUGCUGCUGCGCCUGCCUCUGAUGCCAAUAUGCCUCCCUCGGCUGCACCAAAGAGCAAGGGUAAGAAGAGGAAGAAGGUUGCUGAGCCUGUGAUUCCGGGUGCUGCUGCUGCUGCUGUUGCUGCUGCUGCUGCUGUCGCUCCAAGCUUUGAUUCUGAAAGUCCAGGGGGAGAGGAGAAGGCAGAAAAGGACAGGAGAAAGAAGAGGAGGAAAAUAGCUGCUGAGCCUGAACUUCCAAAUUCCGCUGCCGAGCCUGAUCACUCAGAUUUUCCUGCCGAGCCUGAACACCCUGAUCCUGCUGCCGAGCCUGAACUCCCAGACCUUCCUGCCGAGCCUGAACUCCCAGAUUCGGCUGCCGAGCCUGACCUCCCAGAUUUGGCUGCCGAGCCUGACCUCCCAGAUUUGGCUGCCGAGCCUGGCCUCCCAGAUUCUGCUGCUGCUGCGGCCCUUCCAGUGGCUUCCGUCCCCCCUGUUUCUUCGUUGCAGCAAGGAACAGCUGCUGCACAGAGUGGGGGCCAGCAAGGCACAGCUGCUGCAGAGAGUGGGGAGCAGCAAGGCACAGCUGCUGCACAGAGUGGGGAGCAGCAAGGCACAGCUGCUGCAGAGAGUGGAAAAGAGGCACAACAUGCCGUUCCAGAGAGUGGAAAAGAGGCACAACAUGCCGUUCCAGAGAGUGGAAAAGAGGCACAACAUGCCGUUCCAGAGAGUGGAAAAGAGGCACAACAUGCCGUUCCAGAGAGUGGAAAAGAGGCACAACAUGCCGUUCCAGAGAGUGGAAAAGAGGCACAACAUGCCGUUCAAGAGAGUGGAAAAGAGGCACAACAUGCCGUUCCAGAGAGUGGAAAAGAGGCACAACAUGCCGUUCAAGAGAGUGGAAAAGAGGCACAACAUGCCGUUCAAGAGAGUGGAAAAGAGGCACAACAUGCCGUUCCAGAGAGUGGAAAAGAGGCACAACAUGCCGUUCCAGAGAGUGGGGGGCAGCAGGGCACCACUGGAGCAGAGGAUACGGGGCUGCCAGUCAAAGCAGCCUCAGAGGGCGAAGGGCUGCCGGACAGCUUUGAUGUGCGAACUGGGCAGCAGCCGGACAUCGCAGCUACACAGGCCGGGCAGCAGAAAGUCGGUGCAGGUGCAGAGGGCGGGGAGCAGAUAGUCAUUGCAGCUGCAGAGGGCGGGGAGCAGCAGAGAAGCAGUGCUGCACGGAGUGAGGAGCAGCAAGGGCAGGAGAGGAUUGCUUCAGGAAGCACAGAGCAGCAGCAGCAGCCAACCCCCCUCCUGCAGAAUGGACUGCCCGUGCAGCAGAUCGAGCAGCAGCAGCAGCAGCAGCAGCGGCAGCAGCAGCAGCAGCAGCAGCAGCAGAGCGGGCAGCAGCAGCGGCAGCAGCAAGGCUCCGUUGGUGCGCAGAGCACACAGCAGUGUGGGGGCAAUCAGGGGAGCACCACUGCACAGAUCGCAUGGCCAAAGAAGAAGUCGUUCCUAGACUUUGUGAGAAGGCUCAAGGUGUCACAUGUCGAGCCGGCAGAGCCUGGAAUCAGACAGGAUGAGGAUGGGAAGGGAGGGGAUGGCAGCGGUGGGAUGGUCAAGGAAGGGAAUGUGGUAGAAGUAACCGUGGGUGGCGGAUUUGGAGAAGGUAAACAUGGGGGAGGUCGACUUGUGGCAGGUACAUCUGGGGGAAUCGCCAGUGUGCUGCUAGCCACACAGCCUUGGUCAGUUGAAGGCACUUCUGGGGAAGGCAGGCUCGGAGAAGCCAGGCUCGGGGAAGGCAGGCUGGGGGGCGGUAGACCUGGGGAAGGCAGGCCUGGGCAACAUAUCGGUAGUUGGACCACAAAACCCCGUGUUGCCGGCCGCUAUUUUGUCGAAGCAGGGGAUGAUGAUGAUGAUCCGCAGGGGGGCGGCAGGUAUGCGAGCACGGUCGUGGAUGGGGUGGAUAUCUCCAACCUGUCCAAGAGGGAACGCAAGAGAUGGAGGCAAAACGCAAGGCGGAGAGAGACGAGGCGCCUGGAACAGAUGGCUCAGGCUGCUGCUGCUGCUGCAUGCGGCGCUUCCUUGGGAGCAGGCGGGGCAACCCCUCCUGCUGCUGCUCAGGCAGUAGACGGGGCGUUUCUGAGUGGGGAAAAGGAGCAGCAGCAGCCGCACGGGGCGCCCCCUGCUUCUAUUGCCGCGGACGGGGCAUCAUUGCGCAACGCACCUCCUGCUGCUGCUUCUCCGGCAGCAAACGGGGCGUUAGCAACUGCCCCUGAUGCUGCUGCUGCUGCGUUCGGGACACUUCGAAACAUCCUUCCUGCUGCUUUUGGACCUUCUCCCUCUGUCCCACUUGCUGCUUCUUUCGGACCACCUCAAGAUGUCCCCGCCCGUCCUCCUCCUGCGUCUGGGGCAUCUCUCACUGCUCCUGCACCUCCUACUGUCAAGGCCUCAACAAAUGGGUCUGUGUCAGUUGCAGCAGCGCAAAGCGCCUCCUCUAGGCCGUCUCUCACUGCCCCCCCUCCUGCUUCUGUGCCUAUAGGGGCUUUUGAGAGCGCUCCCCAGCACGUCCCUGUAGCUCCCCAGUACAAUCCUCCUGCUACAUCUCCGCAUGUCUCUGCGCCUAAAGCAGCCGCUCGGCUCGGUGCAUUCCGUCACGUUUCUCAGUUGCAUCGUUUUGGGGCAUCUCACCCUGCCUCUCGCCCCAACCCUUUCGGGGCAUCGCACCCUGCUCCUCUGCCCAGUCCUUAUGGUUCGUCUCGACCUGGCACUGUGCCUAGAGUUCCUGACGCCCUGGCUGUGCCGCCUGCUGCUCCAGUGCUGAAGCUGUUUUUCGACGAGGGUGACGAGGAGGAGGACAAGGAGGAGGACGAGGAGGAGUAGGGGUAGUGGUUGCGAUGGCAACUGUGGCAGUGCAGCGGCAGCAGUAGCAGUGCUUGCCGCUCUGUGCCUGUUGCUCCUGUGCUGAAGCUGUUCUUCGACGAGGAUGAUGCAGAGGAGGGCGAGGAGUAGUGGUAGGGGUAGGCUGUUGUGGCAGUAGUAGCACUGCAGCGGCAGCAGUAGUAGUGCUUGCCGCUCUGCGCCUGUUGCUCCUGUGCUGAAGCUGUUCUUCGACGAGGGUGAUGCGGAGGAGGGCGAGGAGUAGUGGCACCAUGUUUUGCCAUGCAGCAGCAGCAGCAGCAGCAGCAGCAGCAGCAGCAGCAGCAGCAGCAGCAGCAGCAGCAGCAGCAGCAGCAGCAGCAGCAGCAGCAGCAGCAGCAGCGGCUUCAGUGGCAGCAGCAGCAGCAGCAGCAGCAGUGGCUUCAGCGGCAGCAGUGGCUGCAGUGGCAGUGCCUGCCGCUCUGCCCAAAGCUGCUGUGCCUGCUGCUCUGCCCAAAGCUGCUGUGCCUGCUGCUCCUGUGCUGAAGGUGUUUUUUUACGAGGGUGACGAGGCAACGGCAGUAGGAAGUCUAUGAGGCGAUGACAGAGGAGAGGGUGUUUUCAAACAGAUAAAAUCUUAUUCCAACAUUUCCAUGUGGUGGCGCCUGCAUUGGGUUUGCUAUGUAGUUUUAGUUUUCCUCACCAGUCAAAAAGAGAUUGAAGAUCAGAUUAGAUUGUUACACGCUAUUCCAUGCUGUGCAAUUGUAAUUGUUACCUGGAACGCAAUUUCGA